GGAUGGGGAAAAAUUCAUGGGCCAAAGUGUCUUUUCGCGAUAACCGCAACAGCAAACGGAAGCGCGCUGUACGAAACAAACACCACCUUCUUGGGCUUCGAGCCGCUUUCUGUUUUCAUUCCAGCGAGGAAAGUGUCCAACCUCAAAAACCCUUCUCUGGUUUAUUUCUUCAAACUCUAUUCAUAAAAAACUUCUCUUUUAAUAAUACGUCGUCUACUAAUACUCUGGCACUUCUAACCUGUAAGCUGUAGCUGUCGUGCCACAUGUUCUAUUUGUUUGACCCAUUAUUUUUAUUUUAUUUUUUUAUUCUGUGUUUUCUUUCGAUCUUCGCUCUGUUUGGAGUAUUAGGGUUGGUAUAUCAGCAACAUGUGUUGAUCUAGUUUAGUAGUUCUGAGUUUCUGCUUGAUUCGUGGUUUGAAGUGUAUUAUUAUCGUUCUUUGUUUUCCGACGUUUCUGCUUCUGUAUCUUGUGGCUACUACUAUUUCCGACUGAGUUCCGUUGUUUAAGUUGAUGAAUGUGGGUGAAGGCUUUUGUUGAUCACGUGGAGCGAUUGUAUAGGUGAAGUCUAUUCCUCACACUAUUUAAAUGAGCAUCCGAGUCUUUCUGGGUUAUCGAUUUUUUGCUUUUAAAGAAGCAUUAUAAUCAAGUAUUUAGCAUGCUGUUCGCUUUGGACUUUGGAGUAAUACAUAACCAUAGUUAAAUACUAAGCUGGAGUUAUUCUUUCAGUAUGUUUUAUAAUUUGAUCUGCGUAAAAGAGUUGCUUCUUUUUACCUUGAGAGGGAGGAAAUAAUGGAAAAGGGAUACCGUUUGUUUGUUAUGGCAGCUGGCAAACCAAUGCCGUGAGAGCCAGUCUUAUAUCUUCUCUAGAACUUGCCUGUUUUUCUUGAGUUUUUGGUCCCUUGUGAUUGGUAGUCAGCAUUUUCUUUACGAUCUUUCUGGACGAAUUGAUUUUAUAUUCCACACCACUUUAUUUGAAGGCAAAGGAACAUGCUUUUCUCUUCAAUUGUAGUAGUUUAGCCACAACUAUUCUGGGACUGCUUGUUUUGGAUGGUCUAACGAUUUGCGGCUGGCACCCGUGUCAUAUUCCAACUAUUUGCUGAAAUGACCUUUGGCUGCAUACUGGGCGAAAGUCAAAAACUGAUUUGCAACUUAUGAAUCAGUUAAGGAAGUGGUGAAUUUUGUGCCUAUUUAACAUCUUGGCGUGGUUAUUAUUAUAUAAGGAUAAGCCCUGCUUCACUCUUAUGCUGUCGUCCUCAAAAUAGGAUUGCCGUCCUUUCUUCUUGUUGAGGGUAAAUUUAAUGGAUGAUGGUCCCCCGAAACUAAAAAUCAUCCCUGAUCACUUUCAAGUUCCAACAGCAAGUUCAGAAUCCCCUGAGAGCAGAACAUCAUCUAUUACAGAGCCUGGAACUGAUCAAUCAUCAAGGUCCUCACGCCAUCAACGGACUCGAAGGAAAUUAAGGACAGCUUUCAUGUUGAACUUGUUUUCUCCUCGGCGACUGUCAUGGGGUUCCAGUACUGGAGGUCAGGAAAAGGUUGAGCUAACAGCUGCGGAAGUGGAAUCACUUCGAACAGAACUUGCCGAUAUAGAGGAGAGGGAAGCUCACUUGAAAGCUCAGUUGGAACAUAUUGAUGAAGUUUUGCGGUCUGCUCGUUUAUCUGGAUAUUUAUACAUUCGAACUAGAUGGGCAGCACUACCAGGAGAACCUGCACCGAUAGAUGAUACUGAAGUAGAUGAUCGGCUUCCUCGUUUUGUUGUUCUCCAUGGAGCAUGUAUAUUUUUAUAUCUGUUGUGUACAGAUCUAAGCCCGCAGGACUCGACUCUUCUAUCUGAUAUCAUUGAAGUAGGGAGUUUACCAUGUUUUAAGCAAGAAGAUGAUGAAAUUCAGUAUGCCUUUUAUAUUUUAACUCGUCAUGGAUUGCGAUAUGAAUGCUCAAGCAGUUCUAAGAUACAGGUGGACUCUUGGUUAUCAGCUUUACAAAGCGAAUGCAAAUUGGAAUGUGAUACAUUUCCUAAAGCUGACCGCAAACUGGAAUCUGAUACUUCAGUUCCCAAUGGUUCGACUAAGAUUUAAUAUAAGUACACCUUGUUUGGUGAGUUUAAGUGGCUUUGUAAAUCUUGGCUACUUUGUAAAUAACGAUGAUAUCUUGAAAGUAACUUAAUAAAAACUAGUGAUUUAUUUGUGACUUUUUAAA